AUGAAGCUCAGCACUGUCCUCUCUCUCGCUCCCCUUCUCGGCGCCGCAACCGCCCAAGGCCAGCACGAACAGGAACCAUUCACCCUCAACGUCCGCUGGUCCAACAGCAUGGGAACCCUCGAGGGCCCCCUGAACGCCAACGCCGGCGCCUUCUGGAGCGGCAAGCCUACCGUCUCCUCGUGCCCGGAGAACGUCCAGGACUGCCCAGCCGUCAACACCACCUCCUUCGUCUCGCAGGGCUCGAAGCUGUUCCUGAAUGUUGCUGUGCCCGGCGGUCAGCAGGUCUACAUCUCCCCCGAGGGCCAGCUGACCUACACAGUCCCGCACAGCGGAUACAUCCCCGACGGCUCGCUCGCCGACCUCCCCAUCAUGAAGGACGGCUUCCUCAACCCCUUCCUGACGCUGUGGUUGUGCUCCGUCGACAAGGACGCCAAGCAGUGGAAGGUGUGGGCCGAGUACACCAACGGCACGACGGGUGCGAUCACCAACAAUGGCUCCAAUGGGCAGAGUGCCUGCACCCGAUUUGCGCUCGAGGCCCAGCCGUACAAGGGAGAUAAGGCUUGGGAGUUCUGA